AUGUCACCCAGUUUUUCAGCAGCUCGCCCGUUCUGGGUUUGGUCCCUUCCCGCGUUCGCUGUGUUACUGAGUCUUCUCUGGUACCGAAAGAAGCGUGGUUCAUUAAAAACUGACAGCGGGGGUGCGGGUGAGACUCGUAACGAUAAAAAAAGUGUCGAAUCUUCGGAUGAAGAAGAAUCUCCGGUUUCUGAAAAAAAAAGUGAUUUAAUAAAAAGUGGCGUUUUUGAUAAAGUCAUAGAAGAUAUAAAGAUAAACGGAGGAAGAGGAGGAGAAGAACAAGAAGAAGAAGUUAAAGAAGAAGAAGAAGAAGAAGUGGUCGAAGAAAUAAUCAACUCAGUGAAAAUAAUUGACAAGGUCGAAUCGGCGAAACCACCGGCGGCGGUUUUAGAAAACUUUAUUAAACCGUUAAUCAAGGAUUCGUUGAAUUCUUGCGUUGUUGACGAUACAAAAGAAGGAAUAAUAAAUUUGACGGAUUUGACAAAAUCGGGAAAUCAAACGGAAGAACAAGAGAUAAUAAUACUGAGAAAUCGAGUCGUCGAAGAAUCCGUUUUACCAAUUCAGGACGAAGACAAAAUCCAAGAGAUUAAAGAAAAUCGGAAUCAAGAAGAAAUUCAAGUUUUCAAAAGUGGUAAAUUCGGUAAAAAGAAAAAGAUGAAAAAUUCAAGUAAGAAAUUACACGAUUCUUCGAAACCGGAUGCGGUCAAACAGGGAAAAGAAGAAAACACGGCUUGCAUAUUGGAAAAGAAACUUGCCAAAUUGGAAUUGGAAAAACAGUGUAGUAAUAAUAAUAAUAAUAACAACAACACCUCGGGAAAUAAUAAAAAAAUGGCCGGCGUCAACAGCAGCAGCAACAACAACGGCGGCGGCGUCAACGGAAAAGCCAACAACAUGAAAGCAAAUAAUAAUAAUAAUAACGACAAAGCAUCCGAGGGAAAAGAAAGAAACAGCAACAGCAACAGCAACAAUAGCGGUGACGAUUUUACGGAAAGAGAUUCGGCAAAUAACAGUCCCUCGGAGGUCAUGUUGGCUAGUCCAUCCGUGAGCGGAUAUUCGGAUACACACAGCGAGGGUUCGAGCGACAGCGGAAAAGGAUGCAGCGAAAUGCUCACUCCUUCCCGCACUCCAGCGAGUGGAAAUUCCGUUUCCGGAGAUCUCCCAGUUACUUCCAUAUACGAAUUUGUGAUUCCUCAACAUUUAGUCGGAAGACUCAUCGGACGCUACGGUUCUUACGUCAACGAAAUAAAAGAAACAACUCACGCAUCUAUAUAUAUAAAAAGGCACCCGGACACGUCCAAGCUCAAAAUUUGUGCCGUCGAAGGUACGCAAAUGGACAUAGAAAGUGCUCUUGACAUGAUUAGGCAAAAGUUUCCGAAGAAACGAUACCCGAACGUGACACUCGAACAGGUUGUGAUAUCUCCCGAGCCUCAAAUGAUUCCAAUCAUUUCGGAAAGCAUGCAGUUGUAUUUAAUAGAAGGCAUAAACAACGAUGUUUUACUUAGUAGCCUAGUGUCUGCGGGUCAUUUCUUUCUCCAGCAGCCCACUCAUCCGACAUACCUGUCACUCAACCGUCUUAACACGUGUAUGAAUUAUUGUUAUUCGGAACCCGAUCAGCCACUUAUUCCAGACGGAGUCGGCGCCGGGAUUUUAUGCGCCGCUCCCGUUCACAACGGGUGGUACAGAGCUCAAAUCGUUAGCAUGGACGAAGAUAGUAAAAUCUGCGACGUUAAAUUCGUGGAUUACGGAGGUUACAUGACAAUGCCGGUGUCGUUGCUACGUCAAAUCAGAUUCGAUUUCGUCAAUUUACCCUUCCAGGCUGCCGAAUGUUAUCUGGCAAGCGUGAAACCAUCCAAUGAGGAAAACGUUUGGUGUGAAAAUUCGAAAUCGUUAGUUGAAAAGCUUACUUUUGGAAAAGUUCUCCAAGCGCAAGUUUAUGGGUAUGCCGAAGAUGGAAUUCCAUUAAUUUAUUUGUAUACCGUAGUCGAUGAUAAGGUUAUUUUAGUGAACGAGGAAUUAGUGAAUCACGGUUUAGCAGAAUGGAUUUACCCGGAAGAGGAUAAUAAUAACGACGUCGUCGCGGAAUGCGUCGUCGAACGGGAUGAAAUGGAAGAAACGGCGGCGGGACCCGUCGUCGCGUUGACAGUUUAA